AUGGGGGAGAUGGACUGUUUUGAGGAAACUGAUGUGAAUAGUGGGUCUGCAAUAGAAAUGUCAUCUACCCAUGAUCGCAGAAAAUAUGUGAGAGGUUCAAUCUUUCAUGGAUGCAAAGUAAUUUGGCGAUCUUUAAAUAAGUUCUUGCCUUCUGGAUUGGUGCCAAAAGUGAAUACAGAGCCAAUGAGUUUCCACCUGCCUAUAUCUGGUCUGUGUAAUUUAACGUAUCUGAACUUGAGUAAUUGCAAUCUUGGUGAAGGAGCAUUUGCCAACGAAUUCGGUUACUUUCCCUCUUUGGUGACCUUGAAUCUAAGUGGAAACAAUUUUGUUCGCAUUCCUUCAGGCAUUCGAUUGCUUUCUAAGCUUGAGAACUUUAACUUGGAGAAUUGCAAGAGACUUCAAGAGUUGUCAGACCUUCCAUCAAAUAGUAUACUAGAUUUAAGGGCAGAUGGUUGUACUUCAUUGAGAUACUUGUUCGAUGCAUCAAAUUUGAACAGAUUAAACAAAUCAUAUUUCAAUUUCAUCAAUUGCUUCAAUCUAAAUGGCAAUCAAGGAAGAAAUAACAUAGCAUUCGAAAUACUGAAGACAUUCAUGUAUCAGGGAAUCUCUAAUAACAGGGAAACUUUUCAAAUUGUAAUUCCUGGAAGUAAUAUUUCUGAGUGGUUCACCGAUCGGAGAGUUGGGUGUUCCUUAAGUGUAUCUGUGCCUGCACAUUGGAAUAACAGUCGGGUUUUGGGAUUUGCUCUGUGUGCUGUUUUUGUAAUCCAUGAGCUUCGGGUGGAUAAGCGUUAUAUAAAUGAAUUCAAGACUUUUAAUGCAACACAUCAUCUUGUAUGUUGCCUGAAGCUCAAUGGAAGAGAAUUGCAAGUAUAUGGCAGACAGCCAGCAUUUCGCUUUAGUGAAGAAUUUUGCAAGGUUGAAUCAGAUCACCUGUGGCUAUUCUAUGUAUCUCGUGAUAAAUACUUUGGUACAGAGUGGUGGCAUAACAGUUGUAGUCAGGUUGAGUUCUUAUUUGAAACCAGAGGGCCGGGUCUGAUGGUGAAGGAGUGUGGAGUCCGUCUGAUAUAUGAGCAAGAUGUGCAAGAGUUAAACCAAACAACCACUCAAUCAAGCAGUAGGUUUGACAUUCCAGUUGCUGGGGAAACCAGUGGCACUGGUAGCAUAACUUGCACGCUUGAAGAAUUGUAG